AUGUACAGUGUGCACAGAUUCGUGGGAAAUAAUGUAUGUCUGGUCUCCAUAUCGACACCUUAUCGUCGAGUAUUUAAGUGCUUCACAUGUCCAGAUGCCGCAGAUAACUAUGAGUGCAAUCGCUGUGCGCCGGAUAUCUACUAUCCAAAAUAUACCAAAUACUGUUUUGCCGCCCACAUGAUGGAUCACCAUGGAGACAGGGUAUCUGUGACCAAGCGUUGUGCAACUGCGGAAGACUGCCUGGUAACAGGAUGUGCUGAAGUCACUGAUAAUAAAUGUCAGGUGUGCUCAUUCUGCUGCGAAGGGAAUAUUUGCAACUGGUUGGUUCCCCGAACGAGUGCUGCAGUUUUCUCCUCAGCUACCCCUCUGGUGAACUCAGACAGAGGGUGUCAUGCUGUGACACUGAUCGACAUCGUCAUCCUCCUCAUCAGCAGCAGGCUCAUUAUUGGAUGUAUGUGAGGCACAAACGGUGUUCAUGUCAGUUGACAUACACUGAAGGCGAACAACAACAUUAUUACAACUGAACACUCAGCUUUAUCAUAUUGUGAAAUACUGUAUUUAAUACGGGGUUUUCUUUCGUUGUUGUUUCCAAUUUCCAUAGUUGUCAGGACAGUAGUCUUAUUAAAGCGGCUGCAAGUUCAGUUCGACUGCGUCUAUUGC